GGGCAGUGAUUUGAACGGGGGAGGUGGGGUAAAGCUUUUAGAUGUGAAGUGUUUGGCUUUCUACAUGGGCGUAGAGUGUGUCUCAAUGGAAGAAGCGAGCUCCCAGCCCUGGGGGAUAGGAGCUUGGAAUGAUGGACAGAAAGUUCACCCCAAGGAGUGUGUGUGGGUGAAAUCUCAGGAUCCAUUUGUGGAAUUUUUUUUUAAGAAAGCCACCAGCUGGGCUGGAGUUGAAGAGCAAUUUCCCUGAGACAUACCGCAGUGUUUCUGAAGGAGAAAGGAUUGUUCACAACAGGGAGCGCCAUCAGCCGCUCUUUCCCAGCCCCACAUGUACUCAGGCUGUCGCUAACAGAAACAAACUGUGGGACACGUGGGAUUCCCCCCACCCCGACCCCAGCUUUCCCAAUCCAACCGGAAUUCAGGCGAAGUUGCUCAGAAUUCGCUCACCACUUUGGGGAAUCUGUUCCUCAAAGACUUCCUCUGUUCCCCCCUCCCCGAGCAUCCAGCCAGCUGAGUCUGAGAUUUGGAUUCGCUUGUCCACUCGGUGUGGGGUGAACGCACACUCUGAAAGAGCAAAGCCGCCGCCUUUACAUUUCAUCCUAUCCGCCCGGCAUUGAGACCUCUCCACUCGAGUUUGUGAUCAACUUCCCAAAUGUUUAGGUUAAAACGAUACAAUUAAUGCAGACGGCUGUGGGGGAAGCUGUGGAUCCCAGGAUUAGUUCUUUCUCUGUUUCUUGAUGAGAAAGCCGAGGUAGAUCUCAGUGGAGAUACCUUUUACCGCAGGAAUGAGAGUCGGGAUGUCCCACAAACAGAAAUGCAUGUUGCAACACCUGCUGAUCGCUUUGUUGUGUCUGAUUCAUGAAGCUGCAGGUGAGACAGGAGACUGCCGGGAGCAGGAAUACAGAGAUCAAGUUGGAAACUGUGUGGCCUGCAAACAGUGUGGUCCAGGGCAAGAACUCUCAAAGGAAUGUGGAUUUGGAUAUGGGGAUGAUGGACAGUGCGUGACCUGCAGGCCAAGCAGGUUCAAGGAAGACUGGGGAUUUCAAAAGUGCAAGCCAUGCCUGGACUGUGCUCUCGUAAACCGCAUCCAAAAGGCCAACUGCACAGCCACCAGUAAUGCUGUGUGCGGAGAUUGCUUGUCAGGAUUUUAUAGGAAGACCAAAUUAGGUGGUUUUCAAGAAAUGGAGUGCAUUCCAUGUGGGGACCCUCCUCCUGCUUAUGAGCCUCAUUGUAGCACUAGAGUAAACCUGGUGAAGAUCCCAUCAACUGCCUCCAGCCCGCGUGAUACUGCAUUAGCAGCUGUGAUAUGCAGUGCUUUGGCCAUGGUUUUGCUAGCUCUCCUUAUCCUGUGCAUCAUCUACUGCAAGAAGCAAUUUAUGGAAAAAAAACCCAACUGGUCAAUGAGGCUGCAGGAUACUCCGUUAAAUGGGGCAGAACUGUCUUCCUUUGACAGACAGAGGAUUAAUCUGAGUCCACAGAGAACCUGCACACACUGUCAACAAGGUCCAGCACAGGCUUAUGGACCUGUUCACCUGGUUCCCUCUUGUUGUUUUGAUGAUGCCUGUAGUCUGGAGUACAGCAGUGAGAGUACCUAUCCUCCAUCUGAAUCGGUGAAUUUUAAAAGGAAUGUGGAAUGUGGUGGUGAAAUGCUGCCCUCUCUCCUUGAUGUUUUUACACCGUCCUUUGGUAGUGACACUUCAGAAGCCUGGCCUCUAAUACGAGACUCUGCCUGCAGUGAUGCUGCCUCUUUCUGUGACUCUCUUAACCCAUCAAACCCUGAGGCUUCCCCAGAGGACGUUACUAGUAUUAGCCUACAGUCGAAAACUCCAAAUAUCCCACCUUCAGAUACGUGUCCAAGGCAGGAAGAUCAAUCUGAGUCACUUUGUCUGCAGCCCCUUUCAGUGGAGAUGAGUGGAACUGUCGUAGGGCUCAGAAAGCAACAAGGUGCAGAAGAUCCAGGUGAUCCCCCAUCAUUGGACAUUGGAGACAAAGAGCAGCACCCAAUGGAGAACAAUGCUCCAAAUGAAGAAAUCGAGAACUGUGUCUAGAACACAUCUUGAUGGUAUCACAGGAAUGUCUGCCUUUUUAUCCUUCUCCAUUGACUCUUUCAAGCUAAAGAUACAUUCUACCGAGGCCUGAAAUUUCAGGAUUAUAUGGUUUUCUCAGCCCAACUAUGGCAAACUGUGGGCUACAUCAAUUGGUCUGAAUUUGUCGCAGACAGGAACCACAUCCCAGUGAAUAUGUGCUUCAUUUUAAGCAGCAGUCUAUUUCUACCAGUGGUGAUUUACUAUUUGCUUUUUUUUUGUAUGAAACAUUUGGCACGUUGUUCAAAGGUCUUGGGAGGAAUGUUUACGAAUGCAGUGGUGGUGAUGAAGAACUCUGUCAAAACGUCAUUGUGCUCAAACUGCUAAAGGAUUUCUGAAGAUAAAUGACAAGGAAAUCCAUGGUUCACACAGCAACCAGUGUGUUAAAGCUCUGACUGUGGUUGGCUCUUACAUGUGACAGUGAAGUGUUAACAAGUGUGGCCACAGACACUGCCUGGCGAGGAUUGUGGGAAGUGGGGGUCCACAAAAAUGAUUUUGAUUUAUUAGAUAUCUAACUAUAAAUCUUUGUUAUUAAAGCUUUAGAAAAAAGUUGUACACUUUAAUGUUUUGUUUAGAAAGUUGCCACUAUACAUUGCAGAUAAUGAAUUUUUGUUAAGUAUAAAUAAUUAUAAAUGAAGACGGUAGCCAUUUAUAUUGUGUUCCACCUCUUCCAUUGUACUACCAUAGUGCAUCAAUGAAAAAAAACCUGUCACUGUGAAUGAUGUGUUUAUCGUUCUCCUUGCUAAGGGAAGCUAGAUUGGCCUAGCUGAUUGUGCACUAAAUAUUGGAACAAUGUGGAGGUGGAAUUGAAUGACUUUUGUUUAUACAUGUUAGUGCAUGCCAUAAGUGGCCAGACAAUAAGUUUGUUCAUCAUACAAUAUUCCAUUUCCCUUCAAAGGACUGGAUUACUCAGUUGAAUCACAUCAUUCAAACGCUUAUGGCUUUUUUUAUUAAUAUUAAAUGUCGAACUUUGGUGCUUAUACAAUUUAUUUUAAAAAGGAUGGCCAACUGUGCAUCUGAGUAGAUUUCAAGACUUCUUUAGCUAAUGGCUACAAACUCAAUAAAGUACAAGAAAAUGCAUCCUA